AUGACGAGCCUUAAGAGCCUUUUCUUAUCUUUCUUCCUAGUCGUGGCUCUUGGCCUGGCUCUUGUUAAUGCCUCUGAGCCCCGCGGACCGAAAAUCACCAACAAGGUGUACUUCGAUAUUCAGCAUGGAGAUGAGAGUCUAGGACGAAUUGUGUUGGGACUCUAUGGGAAGACUGUGCCCGAGACUGCUGAGAACUUCCGUGCUCUCGCUACCGGCGAAAAGGGCUUUGGAUAUGAAGGGUCCAACUUCCACCGUGUGAUCAAGGAUUUCAUGAUUCAGGGUGGUGACUUCACCAGGGGCGAUGGUACCGGAGGAAAGUCGAUUUACGGUGCGAAGUUCAAAGAUGAGAAUUUCAAGCUGAGGCAUACUAAGACCGGUCUCCUGAGCAUGGCCAAUGCCGGGAAAGACACCAACGGUUCUCAGUUCUUUAUCACCACUGCUGUCACCCCUUGGCUCGAUGGCAAGCACGUCGUUUUCGGUGAGGUUCUCGAGGGCUACGAUAUUGUCGACAAGAUCCAGAACGUUCCUAAGGGCCGCAACGACAGGCCCCUCAAGGACGUCAAGAUCGUCAAGAGCGGCGAAUUGGAGAUGGAGGCCGACGUCGCGAACGAAGGUGACAAGAAAGGUAGCCACAACGAGCUUUAAAGGCGUGCCUCGCUCUAUCUCCGUCAUAGAAUGCCCGAUGCUGAUGGGUUUUGUUAUGAAAAGCCUUGCCGAGCAGCCCUUCAUCUUCACCUUACGAUACGACUCAAAGUAGCAGAUAAGUAGCAGAUUUGCCAGCUACUUUUGACCACUCUUCUUUUAUGUUUUCCAGAGUCGCAAUUUUGGUCGUGGUUGUAGGUGUGGUGUUACACCUGUUGAAAAACAAGAGGAAGGUCAAGGACUUCAGCGGGAAGAAACAGGAAGUUAACAUUGUCUAAAUAACACCAUUGAAUUCAAAAUCGUACACUGUUAACCCGUA